UUAUUGCCCCAAACAAUUGUCAACCGCCUCAGUUCCCCCUAGACAGAGAACUACCACUAGUACUAGUCUUCGAGAAGAGAUACUCUUGAAGAGAGAGAGAGAGAGAGAGAGAGAGAGAGAGGGAGGGAUCUUUGGCCUGAAGGCAUUGGCAGAGUCGUCUCCAUCUCAAAUAAGUACACAACCAACUACUAAUUAACAGCCCAACCCCUUCACGACUCUCUCUCCCAUUAUCUUCUAUCCUCCACUAUUGUUUUAACCCUAAAGAGGUGGGUUUUUGGGUCAUCUGAUGUUGCUUCAUUGCCAGACAUUGACAUAGGACAUUUCUGGAAGGCAGCUUGUUCAGAACAUAUCCAUUUGGAACAUCAAUUUAGAACCUAUGUCAGAGAAUGUCAUGUUUCGGAUGGUAUCAUCAGCAUUAUCAUGAAGAAGAUAAAAACGAGAACAAAAUGAGGAUGAGGAACAAAUACCGGAAACCAACCACUUUACGUUGCAAUGCAGGAACCAGAUGCUCAUUUCCUGUUGUGGUUUGGAGUCUUGUGGGCUGCCUUCUUAUGCUCCAUUUGUACUCCCUUGUUCAUCACAAAGAUGGGGAUGGUGGAGAUAUGCAAUUCCGAAAGGCCCACCACCAACCUCUAUUCCGUGAACUCGCAGAGGUGGAGGAGGAGAAUUUUCAAAUUCCUCCACCAAAGGGAAAACGAUCCCCACGCGCUGCUAAACGGAGGCCUAAGCGGCCAACUACUUUGAUUGAGGAAUUCCUUGAUGAAUCUUCCCAGCUUAGGCCCGUAUUCUUUCCUGAUAUGAAAACUGCUAUAGACCCGAUGAAGGAAGGAGAGAAUGAAAGCUUGUACUACUAUCCUGCGAGAAUUUGGCUGGAUACGGAUGGAAACCCUAUUCAAGCUCAUGGAGGUGGUAUCAUGUAUGAUGAUAAAUCAAGGAAGUACUAUUGGUAUGGAGAAUAUAAAGAUGGGCCAACUUACCACAUUCACAAAAAGGCAGCUGCACGGGUUGACAUUAUCGGCGUUGGUUGCUAUUCGUCGAAGGAUUUGUGGACUUGGAAAAAUGAGGGCAUUGUGCUGACUGCAGAAGAAACGGAUGAGACCCAUGAUUUACACAAAUCCAACGUGCUCGAAAGGCCAAAAGUAAUUUACAACCGGAACACUGAUAAAUACGUGAUGUGGAUGCAUAUUGACGAUUCCAACUACACCAAAGCCUCAGUAGGCGUUGCUGUAAGUAAGUCCCCCACUGGCCCUUUCAAUUAUCUCUACAGCAAAAGGCCCCAUGGAUUCGACAGCCGAGACAUGACAAUAUUUAAAGACGAUAAUGGCAUAGCGUAUCUCAUCUACUCCUCAGAGGACAAUAGCGAACUUCAUAUUGGCCCACUUAGUCGAGAUUACCUUGAUGUGACACGUGUCAUGAGGAGGGUUCUCGUGGGCCAACACCGCGAAGCCCCUGCUUUGUUUAAGUACGAGGGGACUUACUACAUGGUCACUUCAGGCUGCACGAGUUGGGCCCCGAACGAAGCCAUGGCCCACGCGGCCGAAUCAAUUCUUGGCCCAUGGGAGACCCUGGGAAACCCUUGCAUCGGGGGUAAUAAAGUCUUGCGACAUACAACAUUUUUUUCUCAGAGCACUUUCGUGCUUCCUUUGCCUGGGUUUCCAGGUUCUUUCAUAUUCAUUGCAGAUAGGUGGAAUCCAGCUGACUUGAGGGACUCUAGAUAUGUGUGGUUGCCGUUAACGGUGGGGGGAGCUGCAGACCAGCCUCUCGACUACAAUUUUGGGUUCCCAUUGUGGUCAAGAGUGUCGAUUUAUUGGCACAAGAGAUGGAGGCUUCCUUACAGGUUUGAGUGAGUUGAAACUAUGAAUAGGGUUUUCUGCAUUCAAAUUGUAUAUAUACAUGAAGCGUAGAUGGAAGUUCGUUUGUCCAUUCCAAAAUCCCUCUGAUCUGCGGGUUCAAAAGCGCAAAAUGUUGUCUAUUGAUUCUCGAGCUCUAUGGGUUGCUUUAUGGAUCUCCCUGUGUAGCUCGUGUCGGGAUUAGGAAGGGUGGAAGUCUGCCGUUAAUUUCUCUCCAUUUGAACAAGCUUCUUCAUACCCUGGUUUUUAAUUUCUUUGGACAAAACCACUUCAUUGUUGUGACCAGAAUCGACGGAGGUUGUUGUUUGUUUGGUGUUGGGCUUUGGUAUAACUAACUAACCUUCUGUAUACUGGUUUUGAGGGAAAAUGGGGCCUGAAACUGAACGCAACCAAGGUUGAUUGCAACCUUCAGGUUGUCUAUUGAUUUGGGAUACACGUGGUUUUUCAAAGCAAGAUUUGGUUCUGAGAAAA